GCCUGGAUCCAAGGUAGCGACAGCGGUGGGAGAGUACAGGAUGGAAGAGACAGAGCUGGUGUCCGUACUGAUGGUCACUACUACACAGCUCUGAAACUCUACCUGCUUCACAGGGGCUCCAUGGCUCAGGAUGAGAGAGGAGCAGGGAUGGCCAACUCUACAGGUGAUCUAGAGACAAGCAAAGACAUGGAUGAUCUGACAAAAGGCCUUGAAGAACUCUGCGAUAUCUCUAAGGAGAGGAGGGAGAAAGCACUGCUGCUUUUACAUCUAGAAGAGCAGCAUCAUUUAAUGUCUAUGCUGACAAAGAAAGCAGAUGACACACAAAAACGCUGUAGGGCCCUGGAGCAGCUCAACAUGGAGCUGGAGAAACUAAGGACAGAGGAUGCUCUGAAAAUUAAAACUCAGACCCUGAAGAUUCAGCAUUUGGAGGGGCGCUUCAUGGAUCUGGCCAACAACCGUGAAAAGAUGAUCCAGUUCAAGAACGAACACAGGAAACGGCACAUGCAGCUGUGGGAGGAGAACAAGCGCCUGCGGCAGGAGAAGGAAGUGCUCUUCAGCCAGGCUGUGAGGGAGAAGGAAGCUGAAGUGCUCCGGCUGGCUGCCCAGGCCAGGAAGCUCUCACAGCAGUUAUACUCCCUGCAGGAGAAACAUGCUUAUGAGAGUUGCAGAGCCCGGGAGAGAGAAAAGGAGCUGCUAGAAGCUCAGAGCCACCAAGCAGGUGCCUAUACCCGGGAAGUGGAUUCACUGAAGAAGCAGCUGCAACUCCUACAGGAGAGGCACCAACAAGCUGUUGCAAGGGCAGAGCAGGCAGAAAGUCAGCAGAGGGCUCAGAGCACCGAACUGUGGGCUCAGCUGGAGAGGGCACACAAGGAAAAAGAGCAGCUAUUGAACCUGGCCAUGGAGAGGGGCAAAGCUCUGCAAGAUAAGGAACGGGAGAUUCAGCAGCUGGGGGAGAAGCUGGAGCUUGCGGAAGAAGCCAUGCAGAGAGCAGGAAGGUGCUGUGAGAAAGAGGUAGCAGCAGUGGACAAAGAUCUGAAGGUCCAACAGCUCCAAGGACAGCUGGAAAGCAGCAAGCAGGCGUACAACGAGCUCUCUCUGCGGUUCGAUGCUUACAGAAAGCACAGUAUGGACUUGCUGACUAAAGAAAGAACACUGAAUGUCAAACUCCGUCACUUUGUUGCAUAACUGCAUCGUUUUCCACUGUUCUCUCCUUGGUAGGUGCCUCUGUGGCAACACAUCACUGCAUUUCGUUCCUUUCCGUGGGGCCAUCUUCUGGAUUCUUUGUAAUAUCCUCACCAGUUUAAACCUCCCUACAAGGACUGGUUUUUGUCAUUACACUUUUACCUAAGUAAAUCUCUACACUGUUAAA